CCAAUGUCUCGGCAGAAGAAUUGCUCUUUAACAGUGAUUUGCCUGAAGUUUAACACACACUCUGCCACACUCUUGUUCACUGGAACCAGCGUGAAUGCAUCUAGAGCCACAUCCUUCUCCAUCUGCUGGUCUCUGGCUGUUUGGGAGUGAACGAGUGUUUUAACCAUAGCUGACAGCUCCUCCAAGUUAUCCCCUGGGUGGGUGUCCACCCCAGCUGCCUGGUCAGGUGAUCUUCUUGCGCCUCCAUCUGGUUCCUCCAGCUGCUCAUGCCUCUUCCUCUCCCUUUCUCUUGUCAUCCUCAACUCCUCACUGUGUUGCAGGCCCCAACUUCUUGACACCACUUGUUGGAAUGACCGUUUAGCGGAGAGACACAAUAGGAGUGAGGCAGAGAUGGUGCAAAGAGGUGCUUUAAUUUUCACCCAGUGAACAACAUAAGGCUAAAUCAACCAAACAAAAUAACACAAAAUGAAAUUAAAAGUACAAGCGGGCCACAGCCCAUGUGCGGCAGCCUUUCUGCAACAGCCUCCCCCUCUCUGGUAACGAGGGAGCCCGUCCUUUUAUAUUGUGCCUGCCCGGUCCAGACUCCUCCACUGGCUGCAUAGGGAAGCUCUAAACACAAACACUCAUACACAUAAGACAUAAAUCACACAAAUACAUAAACAUAAUACAGACAAACAAUACUCAGUAACCUGUGCUGUUGCACUCCUCCUAUUCCACCAAACAAUAAUAUAACUCCAAAUUAAAUACCGAACCCACUACAAACUCCCCUACUCUCAUUAAUCAGUAGAGGCCAGAGCCUUCAAAAUGGCACCUGGUUGUGAGGUCACUCUCUUUACCAAACCAACUGGAGCACAUGAGGUGAGUCAAUCAAUGACCAUUUGAGUUAUUUAAACCUGUAAAAUAAAAUUACUUUAAAGUAUGGUUAUGGGUUGUGUUAUUUAACAAAUUGAGGCGCUGAGAGGUUCCAUUAGUAAUGGAGACCACCUCCAUUACAUUUCCUCCCUCCUCUCCUGGAGUACAGAACACCUCAGUUUUCUGGAAUCCUUGAUAAACAGUCAGCCACCACGUUGUCUCUCCCUGAUCUGUACUGCACCGUGAAGUUGUAAGGUUGCAGAGCCAGGUACCAUCCUGCAAUCCUCAUGUUGGCGUCCCUCAUACGAUUCAACCACUGUAGAGCACGAUGAUCAGUCUCUAGGAAGAAGUGUCAUCCAAGCAGGUAGUAUCUGAGUGUCUCAAUGGCCCACUUCAUUGCCAAACACUCCUUUUCCACUGUAGAGUACCUCGUCUCUCUGUCCAAAAGUUUGCGGCUCAGAAACACUACUGGUCUUCUUCCUCCCUCCGAUUCCUGUAACAACACAGCCCCCAGACCAACCCCAGAAGCAUCUGUUUGCAGAAUAAAAGGUUUGUUGAAAUCUGGGCUGUGCAAAACAGAGUUAGUGCAGAUUGAAUCCUUCAGCUCUUUAAAUGCUUUGUCACAGUCCUCCGUCCAUCUCAUUUUGCUGGGUGCUGAGCCUUUGGUGAGGUUUGUUAACAUGAUGGAAAGGUCAGAAAAGUGAGGAAUAAACUUCCUAUACCACCCUACCAAACCCAAAAAACUUUUUACCUUCUUCUUGGUGGUCGGAAUUGGAAAUGAGUGGAUGGCCUCAACCUUUCCAACUUGAGGUUUGAUCUUACCAAAACCAAUCACAUAUCCCAAGUACUCCACUUCCCUCCUGGCAACUGCACACUUGAGAGGGUUAAUUGUCAGACCUGCCUGUUUAAUGCAGUGCAGAACCUGUUGCAAGUGAAGCAUGUGCUCCUUCCAGGACUGACUAAAUAUGACCACAUCAUCCAGAUACGCAGCCGCCAUUUUUGACACAUCCCUCAAAACAUGGUCCAUUAGUCUCUGAAAGGUUGCUGGUGCCCCCUGGAGGCCGAAUGGCAUGACCUUGAACUGAUACAUACCAAAAGGUGUCUUAAAGGCUGUCAGUUCUGAGCUUCCGGUGCCAAUGCCACCUGCCAAUAGCCUUUACUAAGGUCCAAAGUGGUGAUGUAUUUUGCUCUGCCCACUCUGUCCAACAGAUCAUCAAUCCUGGCCAUAGGAUAAGGGUCAAAUUGUGAUACUGCAUUCAGAUGUCUGAAGUCAAUACAAAAUCUCAUCAACCCGUCCUUUUUCGGUACCAAAACCACCGGACUGCACCAUUCACUAUUGGAUACCUCUAUUACGCCCAUCUCCAACAUCAGCUUCAGUUCAUGUCGUAACACUGAUACCAACCGCUCUGGAAUUCGGUAGCUCUUCUGUCUCACUGGGGCAUCCUUUUUAAGGUGGAUCUUAUGCUCUACCACGUCAGUGAAACCUGGCAUCUCCUUGAAAAGUUCUGGAUCCAACAGAGGAGCAACCUCUUCCUGCUGGGAGACUGGCAAGUGAGAGAGGUCAACUGCAUUUAACCCACCUUCCUUAACUGGAAAAAACUUUUCUGUCACCUCCUCAUCAUUGACAGCACAAAUCAGGAAAUGCGGGUGUACAGGCUCCUGGCGGACCUGAAAUUCUUUCAGCAAGUUUACAUGGAAAAUCUGACGUUUUUUCAGCCUUUCUGGCAUCCACAGCUCGUAUGUGACCUUACCCACUCGCCGAAUGAUGUCAUAAGGUCCAUGCCACUUAGUCAACAGCUUACUGUCUGAGGUUGGAAGCAACAGUAGCACCUUCUGCCCUUGUUUGAAGACUCUUUCUCUGGCUUUCUGAUCGUACCAGUUCUUUUGGUUGUGUUGUGCUGCUCUCAUGGUCUCCUGGGCUAAGGCCGCCAUUUUCUCCAGUUUCUCUCUCAUCUUCACCACAUAUGCCACGACAUUUUCUCCUGUAGAUGCUGGAUUUUCCCAGUAAUCCUUCAGGAGAUCCAAUGGUCCCCUCACCUGGCGUCCAUACAGCAGUUCAAAAGGUGAGAAACCUGUUGAUGCCUGUGGUACCUCCCGAUAAGCAAACAGCAAGUACGGCAGCCAUUGGUCCCAAUCUGCUCCCGUUUCUGAAACAAACUUGCGGAGCAUAUUUUUUAAUGUCUGGUUAUACCUUUCCACAAGCCCAUCUGUUUGAGGGUGAUAGGGUGUGGUCUUAAUUCCCUUCACUCCCAACAGCUGGUAAACCUGUUGCAAUAAUUUUGACAUAAAGUUAGUACCGCAGUCUGUCAGAAUUUCUUUAGGUAUUCCCACUCUGGAAAACAGUUGCACCAGGCAAUUAGCAACAUUUCUGGCUUUUACUGUCCUUAAAGGGAAAGCUUCUGGAUAGAGAGUUGCAUAAUCACACAUUACCAAGAUGUACCGGUUUCCUGAUGCGCUUCUCUCCAGUGGCCCCACGACAUCCAUGCCUAACCUCUCAAAAGGUGUUUCAAUAAUUGGCAACGGCUGAAGAUGUGCACGCAUGAACUUCCUCCCUGAGGUGAGCUGGCAUUUUUCAUUGGAAUUGCAGUACUGCGAAAUCUGACUAUACAUCCCGGCCACACAAAUCGACUGGAAAUCCUCCUCAGUGUCUUCUGAAAUGCCAUGUGCCCUGCCCAGGGAACAGAGUGUCCGAUGUCCAUCACCUUGUGUCUAAAUUGCUGUGGUAAUGCUAAUGCCUCCACAUUUCCCUUCCGUUGGUACAGAAUCCCAAGUUUUAUGACAUAGAUGGCAUCGUCCAAACAACCUGAGGAGCCACUUUUAACCCCAUCAGUCUCAAUUACUUUAUCCAACCACACCUUCAAUGUUGGAUCUUCCCCUUGUAGUGCUCCUACAUCUGGUGGAAGAUUCAACUCCAUCGCCUGGCAUAUUUUAGGCGAAUGCUCACACUCCGUUCUGGCUGUGCCUCUAAACUUUUCUUUCCUCCUUUGAGCUCUAGACUUUGUUGGUUUAGUUGGACUGGUUUCCCAAUCUUCCCCAAAGAAAGGUAGUUCACUGAAAACCUCUCUUGCACUCUGAGCUCUGGUUGUAACCAUAUUCCACGAUUUAGUUUCAGUUCCACUAGUGACAGCUUCCACCAUUGAGGUCUCUUCCUGAUGUUUCCUUCGAAAAGCAGCUGAGUGUGUUUUUGUCGCAUCUGCUUGCCGUAACAAAUCCAGAAUGGUGGGCACAUCAUUUCCAAUAAUGACUGGGUAUGGCAACUUCGGGGCUAUAGCUACUGGUAACAGAAAAGUUUGUCCUCCCACCGUCAGGUAAACUUCAGCUGUUGGAUAGAUCUGUUCAUCCCCAUGAAUACACGUAAUACGCGAUUUGUCCUGCGUCCAUUUCUCUCUGGGCACCAAACUGGACAAGACCACUGUCUGAAACCCCCCAGUGUCUAAUAGUGCUAGGACACGUUGUCCAUUUAUCAACACCGGUACUGUACAUGCUGCAUCUUUGAACUCUUGUGUUAUAAUUUGUCUGGGAACUGAACAAAACAGAGAUGGUUUUGUAUGGUUUGACAGAGGACAUGAAUACUGUGUAUGACCUGGUCCAUUACACAAGUAACAUCUACUCUCAGGUCUUGAGGAUCUAAAACUAGUAGUUUUGGACACCUGCUGUUUGUUGUUAUUACCUCUGGUAGAUUGCCUGCUGCUGAAAUUAUCUCUGCUCAGACCAGAGCCACGCUCACCCCCAGUGGGCUUACUUCUUUGGGCAAAGGUGUUGUCUCGGCCAAAAUUAGUAUGUCUGGACCCUCUUCUGGCUGCCAGAAAAACAUCCGCCAGUUCCGCAGCUCUCUUGGCAGUCUCUGGAUUAUGCUCACGGAUCCAAACUUCAAGCUCUGGGUGAACCAUCCUCAGGAACUGUUCCAAGAUUAAUGUCUCCGCCAUCUGUUUUACAGUUGAUUUUUCUGGUUUAAUCCACUUUGAAAACAGGUCUUUUAGCUGCACAUACAGCUCCUGUGGCGUCUCAUCUGGUCGGAUAUGCAUAGCUCGAAAUCGUCUGCGAUAAGUAUCUGCUGUAAUUUCAUAUUUUGCCAAAAUAGCUGCUUUAACUUUAUCAAAAUCUUCAGAGUCUGUAAUGUCCAUUAACACAUAAGCGCUGCGUGCUUUACCUGUCAAAAGAGGGAUCAAGCGAAAAGCCCACUCAUCUUUCGGCCAAUGGCAGACUUGAGCCAUUCUUUCAAAUGUAGUUAAAAAAUGUUCAAUAUCAUCAUUUGGCGUGAGGGGGAGUAAUUUAGGUUCCCUAUAAUGCAAUAAGGGUUCCCUUUGCGCUCUGAAAUAACAGUCUCUUUGGCUUGGCCCUUCUCCUGGUGCGUCAUCUUCCUCUGGAUCAUAUGCUCUUUGAGUGCAGCCAUCAGAAUUUCUCUGGUCCUCUCUGUCGUGUCUCAUCUCAUUCACCUGCACUUGAAUCUGUUGAAAUUGAUGCUGCAUGUUCUUCCACCUUAAUUCCUGACGAGCCACAUCCUUCUCCAUCUGCUGGUCUCUGGCUGUUUGGGAGUGAACGAGUGUUUUAAUCAUAGCUGACAGCUCCUCCAAGUUAUCCCCUGGGUGGGUGUCCACCCCAGCUGCCUGGUCAGGUGAUCUUGCGCCUCCAUCUGGUUCCUCCAGCUGCUCAUGCCUCUUCCUCUCCCUUUCUCUUGUCAUCCUCAACUCCUCACUGUGUUGCAGGCCCCAACUUCUUGACACCACUUGUUGGAAUGACCGUUUAGCUGAGAGACACAAUAGGAGUGAGGCAGAGAUGGUGCAAAGAGGUGCUUUAAUUUUCACCCAGUGAACAACAUAAGGCUAAAUCAACCAAACAAAAUAACACGAAAUUAAAAGUACAAGCGGGCCACAGCCCAUGUGCGGCAGCCUUUCUGCAACAGCCUCCCCCUCUCUGGUAACGAGGGAGCCCGUCCUUUUAUAUUGUGCCUGCCCGGUCCAGACUCCUCCACUGGCUGCAUAGGGAAGCUCUAAACACAAACACUCAUACACAUAAGAAAUAAAUCACACAAAUACAUAAACAUAAUACAGACAAACAAUACUCAGUAACCUGUGCUGUUGCACUCCUCCUAUUCCACCAAACAAUAACAUAACUCCAAAUUAAAUACCGAACCCACUACAAACUCCCCUACUCUCAUUAAUCAGUAGUUGAGGCCAGAGCCUUCAAAAUGGCGCCUGGUUUUGAGGUCACUCUCUUUACCAAACCAACUGGAGCACAUGAGGUUACAAGCACUUUUGUGUCAAAGUCAGAUGUUGUGAAGUCAGGAAACUCAAAAUCAACCCUAAAGAAUAUAUGGACAGAAAGUAGCAAGGAUAUGUCCAUCAGUAGGCUGCUGUCACAGACGCUACAUGGCAAAGAAAAUGACACAGGUUUGGACCUUCACUAUGAUGCUAUAGAACCCGACUCAGAACAAGACCUUUGGGACUGGCUGAAGAACUCCACAGACCUGCAGGACUCACGGCCACGGGCAAAGCGGCGGCCCAUGGUCAAGACCGGUAAAUUUAAGAAAAUGUUUGGCUGGGGGGACUUUCACUCUAAUAUCAAGACAGUCAAACUCAACCUGCUCAUCACUGGUAAGAUUGUGGACCACGGCAAUGGCACCUUCAGUGUCUACUUCCGCCACAACUCCACAGGCCAGGGCAAUGUCUCUGUAAGUUUGGUUCCUCCUACUAAGAUAGUGGAGUUUGAUGUGGCAGCGCAGCAAUCUGUUAUAGAUGCCAAGGACUCAAAAUCCUUCAACUGUCGUAUAGAGUAUGAGAAGGUAGAGAAAGGUUCCAAAAACACCCUCUGCAACUACGACCCAUCCAAGACCUGCUACCAAGAGCAGACCCAGAGCCAUGUCUCCUGGCUAUGCUCCAAGCCUUUCAAAGUCAUCUGCAUCUUCAUUUCUUUCUACAGCACAGACUACAAACUGGUUCAAAAAGUUUGCCCAGACUAUAACUACCACAGUGACACUCCCUACUUCCCAUCUGGCUGAUGCACUAACCUAUGGAGUGGACAAAUGGAGCAGACUAGGGCUUCUACCAUCCCAGAAAAAUAUAUGUUACCCAUUCUUCCCUAAAAGACAUCAACCAUCACAAAACAGUUUUCCAUCUUUGUUAUUAAAUUUAUUAAAGUUAAUAUUUGUUAAGUAAUAACUAGUUUACAAUUUCGUUCCAGCAAAAUGUUUUAAAACCUUGUAUGAAAUGCUGCGUUUUAGAUUACACCCAUUGUAAAACUAGAUAUAGAUUGUUUUCUUCGGCCUAAUGAUUAUAUUUACAGUAACAUGUGUGACACAAAAAUGUCAACUGAUUGCUCCUGCUGUAAUAAUAUUGCUCUGCAGUUUAUCAUAUAACUGGAACAAAUGUAAAUUAUUAAAACAACAACUAUACACUUUUUACAAAACCUGGAAGGCAGCUAAAACGAGUCAGAAUUGAAAUGUGUGUUUGAUGCUUAUACAGACGUGAGGUGGUACCUUUGUAGAGAGGAAUGUGGACUGAUUCGACUUAAGAGAAAAAAAAUCUAUUAACGUCUUUGGACAUUGUAACACUGUAAAACAUCAACUGUCCUCAGUGUUGCUGCUAAUGCAAGCAGGGUUUCUCCACAGCUGAAUGGUUGAUUGGUGGUUGUUUGUCUUUGAUUUGAGUUGUUGCUUAUUAUCACUUAAUAUAUAAAAUGUAAUAUAUUGAAUUCUAUAUUCCACAGCCUAAUUUGUAUGAAUGUACAUUGUUUAUUUAUAUUUCAGUGCUUCUGUACAUGCUCAAAUGAGCUGUGUGUUAAUCCCCUUUCUGCCAAGUCCUCUUGUUCACUCAAUUUAUGCUUGUUGUUAGUUUCUCUAACAGACAGAAUGACAUUGCUGUCCUAGAUGUGGAUUUCAUGUAAACAAAUCUUGUACAGUAGCUGUAAAACUGACUAAAUAUAUCAAAACUAUUGAUUGGUACCAUCUUGAUGGAGGGGCAGGAUGAAUGCACAAAUUAAAGAUUACAGUCAAUUUUAUCAAAUGAA